AUGCCUAGAUUCCCGGUCAACUUUCGGCGGAAAUCGACCGUAACAGACGAGCAGAAUGGCCCGGUAGAACCGUCCUUCCGCGUGCUCGACAGAAGCGACGUGGGGAAGUCGUUUGAUGGCGGAGUGAGGAUGAUGAAGGCGUCGGGAACCAUGUCGAGGACAACUCUGGCCGACCCGCCCAUGGACGACAAUCUCUUUGCAGAUAUGAAGAACAACCGCGGCAGCGGCAGUUCCAAUACCACGAAGGCAACCUCGGAUAAUUCUUCCCGCCACAGCAAUGCCUCGACGGCGCCAUCGUCCACAGAUUACGCUGCUCAAGAAGACUGGCGAGCCUCAUCCAGGAAACCUAUUCCUCUGAAUGACGGUGCCCACCCAGCCCCACCCAAGCCGGCUUCCAACAGUUUCUUGAAGAACGCGGGGCGGACUUUCUCGUUCGGUGGGUCCAAGAAGAACUUGCCGACGAUACCGGCAGACGAACAAGAACCGGUGCCAUCCGUACCUAGCCACUUCGAACCCCAAACGCCCGGCGGCCGAUCACGAGCCCCGACCGCGUCGACUGUGACGACGGCGACGCCGCCACAGGUGGAGAACAGGGAUUUCAUGCUCGACUUGGGCGGUGAUCUGAGCAACGUGUUGUCCGCAUUCAGCAAGAGAACAAGUGUCGCAACAGUGAAGGAUGAAAGUGGCCGGCCCGUUCUAGCCUCGCGGAACCUGACAACGAACCGAGCCUCUCAACCGUCUCCUCUGCACUUGGAUCACUCGACCGCAGUGGAACCUCCGCCAAAGUCGUGGAACAGUCACCGAUCUGACGAGGGCUUGCUCAACUCCCGCAGUCCAAUUGCAUCCCCACCUCCAAUGGCCGGAGAGAUACCACCUCCCGUGCCUCGGCACACCGCCAGCCCAAUGCCACUGGCCAGCGCUGAUGGGGAGGACGUGGGCCUGCUGAAAGAUACGGUCGCCGCCACGAGAUACUUGGCGCACAAUCGACAUGACGAGGACACCGUUCCCAGUUUGAAGGAGACAUAUGCCAGGCCAUCUCGGCAUGAGUCGAAGCACGACGAAGAGAAUAUGUUCGACACUUCAUUUUCUCGCCCAAGGUUUGGUACGAAACAGAACACACGCCCUAACGGCCAGCCACGGAACAAGGUCAUGACUCCGGCCGAAUUUGAGAAGUAUCGUCAGGACAAAGUUAGGCAGAGCCAGAGCAGCCCGGACAAGAACGACUCAGACAACGAAGACGACGACACUUACGAGGAUGAGGAAGACGACCGGGAAAAGACUAAAGAGUUAGCCAAACAGAGGCAGAAGCAGGAGGCCCACAUGACCGUGUACCGGCAACAGAUGAUGAAGGUCACCGGAGAGCAGUCCGGCGCGUCGUCUUCGCGUCCGGGCCUGGGCAUGUCUUUGAGCACACCGAACCUGCUGUCUGACCCCCGAAAGUCACCCAACGGCUCUCAGUCACCGCGGUCCGACGGGUCGUCAGAUGAAGAAGUCCCGCUCGCCAUCUUGGCAGCGCACGGCUUUCCCAGCAAGAACCGCCCGCCCACACGACUGAGCAAUGUCGGCUCGAACCCCAAUCUCAGAGGUGUGAACCAGCCGUCCUACGUCGCCGGUCCGGGGUCCGUUUCCGGAGAUACACCCAAGAACAGCGGCGGCCACCUGCCGGCCUUCGCCCGGAAACUGCCCCAGGACCCAUUCCUGGGUGCUGGUUUGAUUAACCAGCCUCCCCGGGAAUCGUUCGCGCUUGCGGGAGGUGUCCCAGCCACGCCACGAGCGGCACCAGUAGGUGGACUUGUGGGCGUCAUUGCCAACGAGGAGAGAUCGAGGGCGAUGCGUCGUGGUAGCCCAGCGGUUGACCAUGGAAAUCAUGGCCUGCCACCUCAGAUGCAAAUGCCGAUGAACGGCUUCGACCCGAUGGCCCAGAUCCCGCCCCAGAUGAUGUACCCGCCUCCGAUGCCGAUGCUUACCCCAGGCGAUCAAGCGCAAAUCCAGAUGACACAGCAGAUGCAGCAGUUCAUGCAGAUGCAGAUGCAGUUCAUGCAAAUGAUGGCCGGCCAGAACCAAGGUCAGAUGCCGAUGCAGGCGCCUCCGGGUAUGGGUAUGGGCAUGGGCAUGGGUAUGCCGGGCCAGGCACCGUCUCGCCCUGCGAGCCACAUGCCGACCCAAUCUAUGAGCUCAGUACCAGAGGCACCGAGAGGCUCCUUCUUGGGGGAUCCGAUGUCGAUGGGAAUGGGCAACGGGAUGGGUCUGGAACCCCCGAGGGGCGAUUCUCAGAUGCGCACCAUGAGCAUGGUCCAGCCUAGUUCUGCUUCGUGGAUUCAGCCUCCCCAAUCUGGAUACACACCGUCGAUUCGGAUGCAGGGUGGGGGUUAUGCGCCCUCGAUCGCGCCGUCAGAGCGCAGUAACAUUGGGCUGCCGGGCCGGUACCGCCCUGUUUCCAGUAUCAACCCGCUAGGCGGUGAUAUGAGGUCGAACACCAUGUCCGGUGCCUUGCCAACGUUGGCGAAACUGCAGCCUGAGGUCAGGACGUCUCCGCUGUCGAACGAGAACGACGAGGAUGACGACGACGAGGAAGGCUGGGAGGCAAUGAAGGCGAAGCGCGCAGCCAAGAAGAGCAGCUGGCGCACGAAGAAGAACUACGGAUCUGACAUCGGGGCUCUCAUUAGCUAA